CGUCACGAGCCUGAGGAUUGUGGGUAACAGGAACAUGGCUGCUGGACUUAGUUGUGGCAGACUGUGGCUGGCCCUGCACAAAUCUUAGUAUUUCCCAGGCAUCUGACGCCUAAGUCCUGCAGUCAAUCAUCUGCCGUGUUCUUGAAGGUUUAAAGUGUGCUAUCGUGCUUGUUGUGCAGCGAUACAGACGGCAGAUUGUGUGGAUGCUGGAAAUAUAGGAAAUUACGACUUCCCAGUGACGAGCGGCGGUAAAAUGGCCGACCGUCAGCCAUCUUUGGUGGACACGUAACCCAGCCAGUGAAGCCGUGCGAGGCUCUUAUGGUUGCUUAUCUUUACUACAGUGAAGUGUCUAGCAAUGCAGCACAAGAAAAUAACGUGAAAUAAGUGAUAAUUUAAGUAAUAUUGGACAGUGAGAGUGAUAGUGGAGGCAUCGGGUGGCGGGCGGCGGACCGGCUCACGAUGAGGGAGUAUACAGAAGACAGUGGCUCAGACAGUGAAGAGGAGCGGUCUGGGUCUGGGAGUGACUCAGACAAUGAUAAUGAUUCUGACAAUAAUGAAAAUGACAGCAAAUCAGGAGGUGGGAGUGACUCAGGCUCUGGGUCAGGAAGUGGAAGUGGCUCUGGGUCUGGAAGCUCAUCUGAUUCAUCCGACAACAACAAUUCAGACUCAGACUCGGAUAACAAACAGUCAGGAGGAUCCGAUGAUGAUGAUGAUGGUGAUGAGGAGCAGGAUGAUGAUGAUCAGGAUGAGGACCAAGAUGACAAUGAUCAUUCAAGAAGUUCCAAUAGUAGUCAGGAAAAGUCAAGGAAAACCAAGAGGGAUGAUUUGAAAGUGUGUUGGGAGGAGAAUCCUGACAUCUAUGGGAUCCGGAGAUCUGGGAGGGAAAGGAAAGAACCGGAGCGCAUUAAAGUAGAACUCAAGGCAGCACCUAAAAAACACAGAAAAAGAUCCAAUUCUAGUCAGUGGCAUAGUUCUGAGCAAUCUGACAGUGACAAUUCAGACUAUGAUUCCCCAAAGGCAAGAAAACCAGUUCCUAGCAAGAAAUCAAGUUCCUCAUCAUCUAAAAAGAAGUCUCAGAAAAAACAGAGGAGUAGUAGUGAAGCAAGUGAUAGUGAGGAUGGAGGAAAAAGACGAGGGUCCAGUCGAGCUGCCAAGGGAGUCAGCUACAAAGAGGAAGAAAGUGGAGAAGAGGAGGAGGAUGAAGAUGACUUAAUUGAAGUUGAUUGGUCUCAAACUGCUCCUGCUGAAGAUGAAAAUGCUCACACCAUAGAAAAGAUUUUGGAUCAACGGGUUGGCAAAAGAGGAGCUGUAGGAAUGCAGACAUACAUAUAUGAAAUUGAAAAGAAUGGAGACCCCAAUUCUGACUUUGAUCUCAGUGAUCCAGAACAAGUAGAAACUCAGUAUCUUGUCAAGUGGAAAGGUUGGGCCCACCUGCACAACACCUGGGAAUCAGAUGAAUCUCUCAAGACACAGAAGUACAAUGCAUUUCAGGUCAAAGGGUUGAAAAAGCUGGAAAAUUAUCUGAGAAAAGAAGAAGAGAUGUUGCUGUGGAGAAACCAAGCUUCCCCUGAAGAAGUAGAGUACAUGGAAAUCCAGUCUGAGUUAGAAAAAGAACUUUAUACUUCACAUAUAAGGGCUGAAAGAAUAUUUGCUGAAGCUGAAGAAAAUGGCAACCAUUACUAUUUUGUGAAGUGGGAAAAUCUACCAUAUGCAGAAGCCACAUGGGAAUUAGAGGAUCUUGUCAAGUCAAGGUUCAGUUCACAAUUGAAAAGCUUUGAGAUUCGCCAGAAGUCAUCCUGUACCCCAAAGCAGUGCCCUGCACUCAAACACAGACCAAAAUUCUCUCCAUUAAAGAAACAGCCGGAUUACAUUGGUGGUGAUAACCCGGAACUUACGUUAAGAGACUAUCAAAUGGAAGGAGUUAAUUGGCUCAUACAUGCCUGGUGCAAACAUAACUCUGCAAUCCUUGCUGAUGAAAUGGGUCUUGGUAAAACCAUCCAGACUAUAGCUUUCCUAAGUUACCUGUUUCAUGCACACCACAUGUAUGGCCCUUUUAUCCUCGUUGUGCCUUUGUCGACCCUUAAUGCUUGGCAGCGAGAAUUUGCAAACUGGGCUCCUGACAUGAAUGUAAUAGUAUACAUAGGUGACAGAGACUCCAGAAGAUGUGUCCGAGAAUAUGAAUGGUCACAUCCAAACAAGCGGCUCAAGUUCAAUGCCAUCCUUACUACUUACGAAAUUCUUUUGCGGGACAAAGAACAGCUGAGAGAUGCUUGCCACUGGGCAUGUCUCAUGGUGGACGAGGCUCAUAGGUUAAAGAAUGAAGAAUCACAACUUUAUCUGGCAUUGAAAGAGUUCCGCACACACCAUAGACUACUUAUCACAGGCACCCCCUUGCAGAAUUCACUAAAAGAGCUCUGGGCACUUCUUCAUUUUAUCAUGCCAGAAAAGUUUGAUGACUGGGAAUAUUUUGAAUCUCAGCAUGAUGGAGAUAACAUGAAGAAGGGUAUUCAUCGUUUACAUCGACAGCUGGAGCCAUUUUUGCUUCGGAGGGUUAAAAAGGAUGUAGAAAAGUCUCUUCCAUCAAAGGUUGAGCAAAUUCUGCGAGUUGACAUGAUGCAACAGCAGAAGCAGUAUUACAAGUGGAUCCUCACCAAAAACUAUGACAUGUUAAAGAAAGGUAAUAAAGGAUCAACAUCUAGUUUUGUAAAUAUUGUCAUGGAACUGAAGAAGUGCUGCAAUCAUUGUUUUCUUACCAAGCCUCCUGAUGACUUGACCACUGGUGACAUGUUGCAACACUUACUCAGAGGAAGUGGAAAACUGAUGCUCCUGGACAAACUUUUAGUGCGACUGCGAGAGACAGGACACCGGGUUCUCAUCUUCUCUCAGAUGGUUCGCAUGUUGGAUAUCCUUGCACAGUACCUUCAAUACCGGCGCUUCCCCUUCCAGCGCCUUGAUGGCUCUAUAAAAGGGGAAGUUCGAAGACAAGCUUUAGAUCAUUUCAAUGCUGAAGGAUCCAGUGAUUUUUGCUUCUUGCUUUCAACACGAGCUGGAGGUUUGGGAAUCAAUCUUGCAACAGCUGACACUGUGAUUAUCUUUGACUCUGACUGGAAUCCUCAGAAUGACCUUCAGGCACAGGCAAGAGCUCACCGUAUUGGACAGAAGAAUCAGGUGAAUAUUUAUCGUCUAGUUACAAAAAAUAGUAUUGAAGAAAAUAUUAUUGAAAGAGCCAAGCAGAAGAUGGUGUUGGAUCAUUUAGUUAUUCAGUCCAUGGACACUUCAGGAAGGACUGUGUUCAACAAAAAAAUAUCCAGUUCAAAUUCUACUCCAUUCAAUCGUGAAGAAUUGAAUGCAAUUCUAAAGUUUGGUGCAGAGGAACUUUUCAAAGAUGAUGAUGAAAAUGAAGAAGAACCUGUGUGUGACAUUGAUGAAAUAUUGAAGAGGGCAGAAACAAGAGAAGAAGCACCAACAAUGGCAGGAGAAGAGCUCUUGUCUGCCUUUAAAGUGGCUUCCUUCACUCUAGAAGAAGAUGAGGAGGUCUCUAAGCUUGACUCUAUCACAGAUGAGAACACUAAAGAUUGGGAUGAAAUCAUUCCUGAAGAUUUCCGGAACAAAGUGGCAGACGAGGAACACCAAAAGGAAAUGGCAGACCUUUAUUUGCCGCCACGGAAACGCACAACUGUGAAUCAGGGAGGGCAAAAGGACGAUAAGUCUCCACGUGGCAAGAGGAAAAGGGAUGCAACAGACUCAAGCAAUGAUGACACAGAUGAUGAACGACCCAGAAAGCGUGGCCGUCCACCCAUGCGCAAUAAAGAGACCUUCAAAGGUUUCUCUGAUGUUGAGGUUAGAAGAUUUGUCAAAAGCUUCAAGAGGUUUAGCAAUCCCCUCCGUCGACUGGACACUAUUGCUCAAGAUGCUGAUUUAAGAGAGAAACCCCAGAGUGACUUACGGAAAUUAGGUGAAACCAUCAUUGAACGGUGUACAGAUGCAAUGAAAGAAUAUGAAACUCAAAGGGAGACUGAAAAAGCUAUAGAAGCAGAUGGUGAAGCUCAACCUAAGGUGCGUCGUGAUCGGGGUCCCUCCAUCAAGCUGUCUGGAGUAGCCAUCAAUGCCAAGACAACCCUUGCAACAUUAGAAGAAUUAGCUCCCUUGGAUUCUGUGGUUCCUCAUGCACCAGUAGAAAGAGCUUCUUGGAUAUUACAAAUUAAGAGAGUCAAAGAUGCUCAUUGGGAUACUCCAUGGGGAAUAACUGAUGACUCCAAAUUACUGCGUGGCAUUUAUGAAUAUGGAAUGGGGUCCUGGGAGCAGAUCAAAGGUGAUCCAGCUCUAAAUCUGGAUGACAAAAUAUUGCUUGGGGGUGAAGUCAAGCCUCAGCCCAAGCACUUGGAAAGUAGAGCACAGUACCUGCUUAAACUUAUUAAGAAACACAUGGGAUUAGGUCCAGUUAAGACACCAAAGAUUCGGCGUGGAGCCAAACCUCGCAAGGGUAUCAGAGAUCUUAAAGGCAUAUCAAAGCCCAUCAUAGAAAAUGAUGAUACUUCUGAUGAUGGAGGAAAUUCUCCUUCAACCUCAAGUAGUCUUUCGAAGAAAAUUCCCAAGGACUUGAAAGAAAACAAGGAAUCAAAAGAUACAAAAGUGAAGGUCAAAGAGGAAAAAGAGGAUUGGGAGAAAGCCAAAAUAAAAGAAGAACCAGAUUUCAAGGAACCAGAUAAGAGUAAAAAGAAAAAGGAAAAAAAGGAGAAGAAAGAAAAGAAAGAAAAGGAUAAAAAUGCAGGACCAAUGCACAUAACUGCCAAUGGACAGCCAGUUCCUCUUGAUGAAACAAAGGAGCUGGACAAGAAUCAUCCUCUCUGGGAUGAGUGCAAAGAAAAGAUGAGGCCAAUGAAGAAGGCUUUGAAAACACUUGACAAUCCAAAUGAAAGUUUAAGUCAAGAAGAGCAGAUAAUGCAUACCCGUCGCUGUCUAGUACAAAUUGGAGACCACAUUGAACGUUGUCUGGAGAGCAUCAAGGAUUCUGAUGCAGUUCGUGAAUGGAAGAGUCUCUUAUGGCAGUUUGUAUCAAAGUUUACUGAAUAUGAUGCAAGAAAGUUACACAAGCUUUAUAAGAAGAACAAGAAGAUAAAACAGGAGAAAAAAGAAGGAGACAAAGAAGACAAGGAGAAGAAAGAAAAGAAAGAAAAGGAUCAUGAAAAGAAGAAGGAAAGAGAUGAACGGGAUAAGCACCACCAUUCCCAGAAGAGAAGAUCAGAGGAGGCAGGCAGCCACAGUCCUUCAAAGAAACCUUAUAACGGGUGGGAACAGAGAGGUCGCGAACCCGAGAAAUGGGGUGAACGAGAAAAAAGUAGAGACCGAGAUCGAGAUAAAGAUCGUGGAGACAGACCUCGAGACCGUGACCGAGACCGUGAUCGUUACUACUCAAGGAAUCAUGCUGGCCCUGGUCGAGAUUGGCAUAAUAGUCCAGGCCCAAGAGAGUUCAAAGAAAGUCGGUAUCCACAAGAUUAUAACAAGAGAGAUGGAGGUGGUGGGGGAUACCACCGUGAUAGCUACAAAAUGCAUGGCUACAGGGGUGGAGGAGAGUGGGGUGCACGUCCACAUCACCCCAAGCACCCUAACUAUGGCCCUCCUGGUGGUUAUGGCCCAGCAUACUACCCUCCCCGUCCCUCUGGUCCUGGUAUUUUUGGCCCAUCACCUUCUCAAACAGGUCAGAUGCCUCACAGGCCUCCCCCAUUUGGUGUCCACCGCCAAGACUGGGGCCAAAAAGAGAGACCUGAUCGGCCAGACAGGCCUCCCCAGGAUUGGGGUAAAGACCGACCUGAUCGGCCUCCCUCCUAUCAAAAAGACUACCAAUAGAUAUGUAGUGUACCUAUGUGAUAUUGACAAAUGAAUAAUUUAAAAAUAGUGAUAUAUGAAAUCAAACCUCAGAAAAGAAUGAAAAGUGUACAUUGAAAGUCAAAGUUAAUGCAUAUUGUAUUACAAAGACUUCACUCGAUAAGUAGAUGGUGCUUUUAUAUAAGUAUAAAAAAACAAUGAAGUUUACACUGUACCUCAUUGUCUUGUUCAACAGGGCACUGGUGAGACAUUUUUGUGUCUCUUUUUUAGGCUGUGAUGUGUAAAUAUACUGUACAUCUUAAAGGACACAUCUGUAUAUUUGGUGAUGUCUGUAGAUAUAUAGUGACAUGAUAAACUCUUUGUCCUUACUGACACAUUUUUCAUGUGACUAUUCCAGCCCAACUGUUUUUCAUAUCAUAAAUUGAUUAAGUGUGACUGACUAGCAGUGAAUAUAAUUCUCUCUCUCUCUCUCUCUCUCUCUCUCUCUCUCUCUCUCUCUCUCUCUCUCUCUCUCUCUCUCUCUCUCUCUCUCUCUCUCUCUCUCUCUCUCUCUCUCUUUUUUUACAUGUAGACAGUUGACAUUUUCCUUUUUCUUGAAUGCUCCCCCAUCUUCUUUAGUAAUUCUCAUAUGUGAUUUAUCAAAGAGAUGUUGAAAUUCAGUUGUAAAGUUGAAAAUGUGUUAAAGAUUAAUAAAUUUUUGUAUAUGUAUUUUACAUAUAAUUAAAAAGUGAAAUAUGUCAUACUUUUAAUUUGCAUAUGGUAACAUACAGGUAUUAAAUAUUUGAAUUAGAUAUGCCCCACAACCAAGUUAUGCAUUUUAAAGAUUUUUUUUUAAUCUAUAAGAGGAAGAAACCAAUUUAUAAGAUUAUUUGAUACUCUGGUACAGUAAAAGAAAUUCAGAAAGUAUUUGAAAGGUGUCUGUCACUUAUUUUGUCUUGUUGAUUAUUUAAUUGAGGUAUGUCAUGUAUUUGAUCAUGUUGAAUAUUUAUUUGAAGUAGGGAAAAAUGAAGAAGUUGCAAGUGGAUGAACUGUUGUAGCUUCAGAAUUUCUCAACAUUCAUACAAAGAAGAGUGCAAUUUUUUAUGUUUAGAGUCUUGAUCUGUUUUAUGAAUGGUUACUUGUACUGCAGGGUGUUGAUGCAUUAACAUACUUUCAUCACCCAAUUUUUCAUUUUGACAAAAUUAUGGACUCAAGAAAGUUAAUUCAAAAGAUGAAGAUUGCUUUGGCUAUGAACUCUGUCUUAAAAACUGUUAUUCCAUCCUUGAUGUCUGAAUUUCGUCAUGCAACUUUCUUUAAAUAAGAUAUAACAUUGGUCUCGUCUUUCUUCAUUUCUUGAAGAAGUCAAUAUGAUAUCCUUUGCUCUUCCAGAACUCCACAAUUCAUCCCUAGUAAUCCACUGUCAUUUCACACUACCAUCACUAUACUCUUCAGUAUUCACAUUCCCUUAUUCAGAAACACUGCUCUCUCGCAUUGACUAUUUUCAAAGGCAACAAAUAUAUGUGAUUAGCUGUUAUAAGAGGGUUUUUUUUUUUUUUUUUUUUUUUUUUUCAAAAUCUUAUUAAUCCGUCACUCGAAUCAUAAAAAAUAUUCUAAAAAACUUGCAUCACUUCAACUAAAGCCUUAUGAAAGUAGUAGAGGUGUGACACAUGUGUUUUUAGAGUUAAGUCCAUAGAAUCAUUCAUAGGAACAUCAUCACCACCAUCAUUAUCCUUAAAAAGUUCUUUGCUCAUUGUCUACGCUUUACAACCAUGUGUUAGUGCAAGUAAAAUAUUAUCCCACAGAUUCUUCUGAAUAUAUAUUUUUGAUUAA